GGAGCGGCGCUUCCCGUUCUUGCCCGGAAAUGUUUACAGCAAACAGAGGUCAGCGGCCGAUUCGACGCCGGAUUCAUUGGCCGCAUCUUCCCCGUCAUCCCCAUCCGUAGCCAUUUGGGCCUAAGCCGUUUUGAAUCGAGGGUGAGCUGCUCGAGUGUGCACGGCUAGUUUUUGUUUCGGCCCCAGCGUCAACCAUGCCGUCGGGGAAGAUCAAGAAAUUCUUCGAGGACAAGGGAUUCGGCUUCAUCACUCCUGACGACGGUAGCGAUGACGUGUUUGUGCAUCGCAAAGUGCAUGGGGAUGGCCAAGAUCGCACCGCCUAUUUGGAAGAGGGCGACUCCGUCACGUACGAGGUGGAGUGGGACGACCGCAAGGGCAAGUACUCCGCAUCGUCUUGCGACGGCCCCUGGAAGACAGGCGGCGGUGGUGGAGGCGGUGGUUGGGGCGGUGGCGGUGGAGGCGGCUGGGGCGGUGGUAAAGGCGGUGGGAAAGGCUACAACGCCUGGUGAUAGCGGGGCGCGCACGGUAGGGAAGCCUUGUGUCCACGCAAGUUGUUUCUUUGGAUUGCAAGACGUAA